UUCGCACUAUAGAUUUCAAGAUGGCGACGUGUAUAUAAACAUGUUGAUAUCCAUUAAAGUCGACACCUUAAAAUAAUAUGGAUAAGAAGAAAAAGCAAUAUAAUGUCACAGCCUCGUCGCUGGUUGAUUUGAAAGCAGAGCUUUAUAGGAAGCAGGAGACAUUCAAACAGGAAAGACUUUCUCAGGAUGCAGGAGCUGUACCUAAGAUACAUACCAAAACAAAGAAGCCCAGUAUUUGGAGUAAGCAGAAUGAAGGGGUGUCUGCCCGUGCUCAGCGGGAUGUAGAGAAAGCUACAGAGGAAGAAAAUACCUUAAACAAAUCAAGGCAGAAAUUGGAAGAGAAGGCACGACUGUAUGAACAAAUGACUAAAGGGGAUUUCCCGGAUGAAGAGACUGAAAGUCUUUACUUGGUUGACUUCACCCAGAAGAUUAUUGACCAGAAGAGAGAGGUACAUAUCAGACAGGCUGAGAAAGGAGACAGAGAUGGUGAAGACACUGACACACAGAUCCCUAUCCCACCUCCACAGAGUGAGGAUGAGGAAUGGGUGGAUUAUGUUGAUGCAUUAGGUAGAUCAAGGAAGUGUUUAAGAAAAGAUCUACCGGAGUUUCAGAAAAUGGAUCAAGAUUUACAAGGCACAAGCAGAGUGGUUGGACCUGAUAGGACUCUGUUGUCUGAAGACAUGAGGCGAGAAAUGCAAAGAGAACAGUGGGAAAGGGAGGAAGAGGAGCAGAUGAAGAGGCCCAUGGGGCCCAUCCACUAUGAAAACAUCCGCGAUCAAGAGGCAAGAGAGCUGGGUGUUGGAUACUUUGCAUUUUCUCAAGAUGAGGAACACCGCCAAAAACAGAGAGAAACUCUUGAUAUGCUGAGAGACCAGACCACAGUGCAACGUAGCAAGCGAGAGCAGCUGAAAGAGAAGAGGAAAUCUUUGCUUGAGGCUCGACUGGCAAAAGUGAGGAUGAGGAAGAUAAAGAAAAGCAAGCUGGAGCCAGGGGCUGAAGAGGAAGAAGUUCCUAUUGCUGAUGCAACAGUUCAGGAGGAUGAGGACAAGGUUGGUGAUUUGAAUGGGCCUCCACCCUCUGCAUCUACAACACCGAAGGUGGAGGUGGUAAUUCAAGAAAGAAAAGACUCCAGGCCAGGAGUACCACAUGUCAGAGAGUGGGACAGAGGCAAAGAAUUCUUUUUGGGUCAGUGGACAAGUCGUCGUCGGGAUGAGCGGGAGUCAGAGUUUGCCCCGCCCACUUCUUAUUUUACAGACAAUAAAAGAGUCCACCAUAAGAGGUCUGGGGAAGAGGAGAAUAUUAAAGGAAAAGUUGCCUUUAAAUGGUCUGAUUCGCAGAAAGCACCACAGAAUACAUGUGAACCUUUUCCAAACCAAUCUACAUGUUCACAACCUCAACAAACCCCACAACCCCCGCAUUCACAGACACAAAGUCUUGAUGAUCUAUUAUCUUUCUAUAAACACUCUGUUUGAACUUCACUCUGUUUGUCAUAAGGCCUCAGUCUCAAGCUUUUUUUUGUUCCAUAGUAAAUAGUCCACUCUCAGGUCUGUAGUUCUGAAGUUUGCACCUCUUUCCACUUCACUUGUUGUGGUGUAUCUGCAUGUUAGUGGCAUUUGGAGGGUUCCAUAUUCAGGGUAUAAGAGGAAUUGCAGCUAACUCAGACUUGACAUGUUCAAACAUUUGUAAAGAUCUGUUGAAACAAGUCUAGAUGUCAUCUUUUGAUUUGAGUGAAAUCUGAUUAAUUACCCCAGCAACAUAGUGGUAUCCAGAACCACACAACUGAGGGGAAAAAAGACCUCAUAAAGGUCUUUUAACAUAAUAAAUGUUAAAUCACUCAGCAAGUAACAGCCAGUUUAUCCCACAAAUACGGAACAAGGGGUUACAGUCUUGCCGAACAUGUCAUGGAGACGUUUGUGGUGGGCCAGUUGUAUUUAUUCACUUCAGUGAAUGUAAAUGGACUGUUAUUUGCUUUUUCAUGUGGAGAGAUUAUGUUUUCAUGAUGAGGUGAUUGCUCAUAUGCAACUCCAUAGGACAUCAAGACUACAUAUAACACAACAGGCUGUAUAAAAUAUGUGAAAUAUAAAUAAGCAGAGCUGUGUUGUAAUUUUUACAUUUCAACUAUUUGAUAGUUUUGUUACAGUUGUUAAAAGUUAUUCCUGCAUCGAGCUAGAGCUGAAGGCUUACUACUAAAUAACACUUCCUGUAAAUCUGUUAUGUCAGAUAUUUUAAUAAUGCUCAUAGAUAGAUCUGAAUCUGAAUCUAAUAUUUUUGUUCACACAUUGACCCUCUGCUCAUCUCUCAGUAGAGUAAUAAAACUUUCUCCAUUCCUCCUGUAUGAGCAGAA